ACGCCUUGCGGCUGCCGGAGGAAGCGUGCUGUGUCUGCAGCGGAGAAACCGUCUUCCGUCAUGUCGCCUGCCUGCAAGAUCGGACCGUCCAUCCUGAACAGUGACCUGUCCCGCCUGGCUGCGGAGUGUGACCGCAUGCUGCAAGCUGGCGCCGACUACCUGCAUCUGGACGUUAUGGACGGGCACUUUGUUCCGAAUAUCACCUUUGGACACCCGGUGGUAGAAUGUCUACGGAAGCAACUGGGCAAAGACCCGUUUUUUGACAUGCACAUGAUGGUCGCAAAUCCAGAGCAGUGGGUGAAACCCAUGGCAGCUGCCGGUGCCAACCAGUACACCUUCCACCUGGAAGCCACCAACAACCCCGGAGCCCUGAUCAAGGAGAUCCGUGAAAGCGGUAUGAGGGUGGGACUUGGUAUAAAGCCGAACACUACAGUGGAAUACCUUGCGCCGUGGGCGAGUCAGAUUGAUAUGGCCCUCGUUAUGACUGUGGAACCAGGUUUCGGGGGCCAGAAGUUUAUGGAGGACAUGAUGCCAAAGGUGCAUUGGUUAAGGUCGCAGUUCCCUUCACUGGAUAUAGAAGUGGAUGGCGGUGUAGGACCUGAAAACAUUCAUAGGUGUGCAGAGGCUGGAGCAAAUAUGAUUGUCUCUGGAAGCGCCAUCAUGAAAAGUGACGAUCCCCGCACAGUGAUCAGCCUCUUGAGAAAUGCAUGUUCUGAGGCUGCCCAGAAGCGCUCCUUGGACCGGUGAAACUGGGAGACAAAUGUAAUCAUCCUGGAUCCAGUGUCUGGUUUAAGCCAUUACACUGGGGAACCAUUCCAACACAAAGACCUGUCCUCGGACCAUGGGCAGGGUACCAUAUUACCCCGGUCGUGGCACAGGGGCUUUACCCCUCCACGACAAUGAACUGACAAACAUGAGGUACAUUGACUGCCGAUUCUGUUCCUGCUGUUAUACUGUCCAAGCGUUAGUUUACUUUCCCCAGCAGAGGAGUUAUCUACAUAAUUGUGAAUUAUUUGAUCUUUGUAUUCAUGUUUCCUUGCAGUCUUACAAGCCUAUGUCAAGGUUUUAAAUUACUAUGGAAUUUAUCAAAUUAUUUCUG